AUGGCAGGAGGGCCCCUUGGCAUCAAGGAGGAAAUGGAAAUGUCCAUGGAUGAAGACCUGGUUUCUGUAAGCCAUGGUAAAAGUCAAGAACACCUGGUGAUAGCAGAAAUAAUAGAUCAUGGAUCCCAGUCCCUGGGUACUUCUCAGCGGCGACAGAGGUUGGAAUCAAAGGCUGCUGGCUCUGCUGGAGGCCAACAGGUUUGGAAUGUGACUAACUCCCGGUCCAGGAAAAUGGGUUCUUAUCUGCCGGUACGCAGAAUGGUAAGAGAACAAGGCCAUGAGGAUGGUCAUCCCCAGGAGUGUCCUGGCAACUUCCAUGGCAAAAGAUUCCAUUAUGAGCGCAACUCAGAGGCAGAUACAAUUGCAGAGAUUGGCUUGGAAGAGACACAUGAACUGGAGAUAGAAGCCAUAAGAAAACAGCAGCGUGUGAACAAUGAGCGUCUGAGAACCCUGGAGGACCAGGAAAUUGCCAGAACCCAGAGGGAAGUUAUGCUCUUUACCAUGCUGCUGUCGGUCUGCAUAGUCAACCUGUGGCUGUGGAUUCGCCAGUGA